CCCCCGCCAGGUAAUGUCGUCGCGCUUUUGCUUUCAUUGACCGCGCGCAUGAGCUUGUCCAUGUGCUAACCUUAUUUCACACUCUUUACUGCUCCGACAUAAUCCAUGCACCUGUCCUUGCUCGGGCAUCUACUCCGCUCCCCGGCCAUCCCUCGGAUGAUUCUCGUCCUAGCACGCCGCUGUCGGGCGACCUUCGUUCGGACAUCAAAAAAAUCGCAGACCGGUUCUUCGCCCCUGGAUUCCCUGCUUGUCUAUUUCUCGACACGUACGUUCGAGGAGAGUUCAAGUUGCCAGUCACUACGUCAGGUGUGUGGCCUUCCGAAGGUCGCGAGGCGUGCAUCGUCGAUACACAGGAUGUAGGCCCCAAUCUUCUUUUUUUGGAUCUACCAGAUCCUCCGUCAAGCGCGGGCGAUCCUGUUCCUGAGCGGCUUCAGUCGAACAUU